AUGGAAAAUCAACAACAGACGACUACACUAUGCCGCGCAGGUUGUGGUUUCUUCGGUUCACCAUCUACCGAAGGAUUAUGUUCUAAAUGUUAUAAGGAUUAUGUUAAACGUAAACAGGAUACGACCGCCCGCGUAAGUCCUCCGUUACCGGCUGUAGUUAGUUCGGCUGCUAAUGCGGCUACAGCUACAUCAAGUGUUGUUAGCAGUACGACGUGUAGUGCUGAUAAUACCGCUGCCACUUCGUCGACAGUGAUUAUCGCUGAAAAACUUAGGGAGGUUUCUUGUUCGCAGGCUGCAAAAUCCUCGGAAGAUAUGACUGCCCAGCUUGAAUCAGUAGCAGCGGCUGUGGAAGCAGCGGGUGGUAUCACGGCAUCCUCGUCUGGUACCUGCUCUGGUGUCCUUUCUACAUCUAGUUCCGUGGCAAGCCUUGAUGCGGCAACUGCUCCCGACUCGGUAACUUUGAAUAACGAAGGUCAACCGCUUCCGAAGAAAGCUAAUCGUUGUCAUGUUUGCAAGAAACGUGUCGGCCUUACUGGUUUCGUGUGCCGUUGCGGUGGUUUGUACUGUGGCGAACAUCGUUAUGAUACGGCGCAUGAUUGUUCCUUUGACUACAAAACAAUGGAGAGAGAAGAAAUUCGUAAAAAUAAUCCGGUGAUUGUCUCGGAAAAGAUUCAGCGGAUUUAG